AUGUUGCAGAACUUCGCUUACGGGGUUCAAUUCCCACGCGAGCCGCGCGCCGCCGCCUGCCGCGCCUACUGCGCGCUGCGCCAGGAGCUGGCCGUGCUGCGCCCGCUGCGCCACCCGCACGUGGCCGCGCUGCUGGCCGUGUGCGCCGCGCCGCUGGCGCUGCUGCUGGCGCUGGCGCCGCAGGGGGCGCUGGACGCGGUGCUGCGUCAGUACCGCGGCUGCGGCGCCCGCGUCGGCCCCCGCGCCGCCCGCGCGCUGGCGCUGCAGACCGCCCGCGCGCUGGAGUACCUCCACGCCAGGAGGAUCGUCUACCGCGACUUGAAGGUGACCACUUCCCUCUUCACCCAUAGCAAAGUUAAUAGCCGUAAAAAAUCUUAUUUCUCUAUGUUAAACUACUCCCCGCCGUCACUGACGUAUUCGACCAACGAUGCUGUCACAUUUAAGUUAAAGUGGUGA